GUUUUUUCUCUCGUCGUCGAAGGAAAUGGGCCAUGUUCAGAAACGUCUGUUGAGCACGGUGACCAAGCUCCCCUCGGUCUCCCCAGCAACUCUCCAGAAAUUCCCCCCACGCGAGGCAUUUAUCCAAGAGUCCGACGUCCCAAGACCAGCCUUCGACCCAGAACUAUGGGCGUCGCUCCAACCAGCACCGUCGUCGGCACUGUCCGCCUUCACUCAUAGAGCUGGUCUGUCCUCUAUAAUCAAGUCCGAAGACGACAUUCGCCAGGCCUGCACCCACCCUUCCUUCAUUGACGUAUGGCGACAGCACUACCCGCGCGAAAAGCGAAUACCCAAGGACAAUGCCCAACUCUCAGUGUUCGGAAACUCGCUAAUGGGUCUCUUCGCUAUGGAGUACCUGACCACAAAGUAUCCCUAUUUGCCAACGCGAAUUCAGAAAGCCGUCAUGACAGCACACGUCGGUCCCAACACUUGCGCCAGUGUUGCAACGGAAUUGGGUGCAGACAAACUGCUUCGCUGGCAUCGAACACCCCAAACUCCAAAUGCACCAGCAGUCCUUCACACCGACGCCCUCGCUUCCAUCCCACGCGCCAUGACAGCACUCAUCUACAAAAAGCACUCCCUCCCAUCCGCUAGACAAUUCGUUCACUCCUAUUUCCUCAGUCGUCAAGUAGACAUCCGUUCCAUGCUCAAAUUCCUCGACCCCAAGAAGGCGCUUAAGGAACUGGUCCACAAGUUCGGUCGCGAACCUCCAAAAUCGAGACUGCUCAAGGAAACAGGUCGUUUCUCGAACACGCCAGUGUUCGUCGUCGGUAUCUUCUCUGGCGCCGACCAAAUUGGCGAAGGCUUUGGUAGUUCGCUGAAGAUGGCCGAAUUCCGCGCCGCCGAGGACGCUUUGCAGCGUGUCUUCCUCACCGCCAGACCCGAGCACGAGAUCCAACUCCCCUCAAUGACCUUCCCUUCAGGUGUCGGCGACGUCUUCCGUUUCACCGAGAAACCAGAGAGUACAUCGUACAAGGCUCCCGAGUCUGUCACCGCCGAGAUCUUCUACGCCAGCGCUGGAAGGAGUCGCAUCACCCCAUUGCCUAGAGGAACCCCCAGUCGAUUCACGUCGUAA